CUCCCAAAAAAGUAAACCUGGUUUAGUAUCGGAUUCACUGAAUUUCAUGCAGCCGACUGACUCUCAAACCUCUCAGCCUGCCGCAUUCUGCGAACGUGACUCGACGAGAACAUGACAAUGACUCGAGGUGUGUGCUUGGCCCUUCUCUUCUUGCCGUUGGUGGAGAGCACACGGAGCUAUGCCAAGAUGCAAGAGGUGGAAGAGCACACGGCCGAGAGUCGUUCCGUGCCCAAAGUGAUCUAUGACUGCGCCAAGCCGGAGCUCUGGUGCAGACGCAUGUGGAAAAGCUGGAGGAAGCGAAUCGCCUGGCGGAACAGAAGAAAGCCGACUCCACGGCCAAGAUCGCCUCCACGGCCAAGAUCGCCAAGGACAUGCAGGUGAAGACGGAUCACAUCGCAGACAAGGCGAAGGCCACGCGCGAUCUGAUGAUCAAAGUGGAGAAAGCGGCGGCGGAGCACAGCAAAGCAGGUGAAGAUCACAAGAGCUCCAUGACGAAGUUUGGCAAGAUCAGUGACGACAUGGAAGCCUUGGCCAGAAAGAUCACCAUGAAGGAACAGGCGCUGACACAGAUCGUGAGCACUUACAAAAGGCAAAUCGCUGAGAUGAAGGCUCAGAUGGAUGAAAUGAUGAAGGACAAAGAGAAGGCUGAGAACGAGAUGAAGGAUCUCAAGACUCAGGCCGCGUCGGCGGGCAAGUUCAAGACUGAUGUGCAACAGGAACAAGCCAAGACUGAAAAGGAGAUGCAAACUGCGCAACAGGAGCUCCAGGCCAUCCGGCGCGCCCUGGACUCCGCGGUGAGCGCCGCCACGGUGGCCGAGGCGCAGGAGGUGCAGGCGGCGAACGAGGCGCGCGAGGCCAAUGGACGCGUGGAGGUGGCCAAGAAGACCAAGGAGUAUUUGAUGAAGAUCCGAGGUGCAGUGCGAUCCUACUACGGCAGCAUCGAUGAUCUCGAGGGCGCUGUGGAGGGCCAGGCCAAGGUGGAGCUGAAGGAUGUUGCAGAAGCCAAGACGAUGUUGGAAAAGUACAACACGAUGAUUAGCUCCUUCCGGAACUUGCACGCCUAUGAUGCGGAAGUCUACACGAAGGUCACUCCAGCCAUCAAGGAAGUGAAGGAGAACGCUUUCGCCCAGAUUCGUUUCAUCUGUGACAUGAUGGGCAUCAAAACCAGCAAGGAUGCGCAUUGCCUCUCCGACCUUUGGGGAACGCUGGGAAUGACCAAGUUGGAGUUCCCUUCCGACUGAGCCGCGUCGGAUCGAUGAACGACCGCGAUGCGUAGCUGGCGUCAUAGAGAAA